AUGGCCACACGAGUGGACAGCAGAAAGUGUUUGAUGGGGCCAGAGCCCCCGGGCCAUGCCGACAGGCCACCAGCUCCCGGCCCAACGGACCCAGGGCCACCUUCCCCUCCGGUUACCCCUGCUUGCGCGGGGCUGGCUGGGAACCUGGAAUGGUUAGAUAAGAACAAAACCAGUUUUCUGAUCAUGUGGAGGAGACCAGAAGAAUGGGGAAAGCUCAUCUAUCAGUGGGUGUCGAAGAAUGGCUUGACCAACUCUGUAUUCACGCUGUAUGAAUUAGCCAGUGGAGAUGAUACAGAGAAUGAAGAGUUCCACGGCUUAGAUGAGACUAUGCUGCUCCGUGCCCUGCAAGCCUUGCAGCAAGAGCACAAGGCUGAAAUUAUCACGCUGGACGAUGGCCGAGGCGUCAAGUUCUUCUGAUAGCAGCUCCCUCCCCUCCGCUCUUCCCUGGCUGCUGGAGCA